AUGAGCGCAAUUGGUUUCGCUAUUGCAAAGCAAUUAGAGUCUGGAGCUGUUCACAUCAAUACUGUGAGUGUUCGAGAUGAACCUGCUUUACCAAUGGGAGGUAUGAAGAAAAGUGGUUGGGGUAGAUUCAAUACUAUUCUCAGUAUAGAGAAAUUCCUAGUCGCAAAGACAGUGACUUGGAUGAUUGAGAGCUAA